AUGUCAGCCUCGUCUUCGAUUCCAGAACGCCAUUCCUAUCUUGUGCCGGACCCCGGCAUCUAUGUUCCAGCAAUCACAUUCUUCGAUCCUGCAACAGACAGGCUCUGUCCCACGGAGCAAUCGAAGUAUUACAGAUACCUUUCUACCACUGGUCUGAAAGGGCUUGUCAUUCUUGGAACAAAUGCAGAAACAUUCCUACUCACUCACGAUGAACGCAGAUCACUUCUGCAACUCGCACGGCGUUCAGUUGGUCCCGACUUUCCCAUCAUCGCUGGAGUUGGUGGCCAUUCAACAGCGCAAGUCCUUGAGUAUAUUGAUGUUGCACACAAGGCGAGUGCCAACUUCGCAUUGGUGCUGCCCUGCGCAUAUUUUGGCAAGCAGACGACGCCAGAAGUAGUCAAAGCCUUCUUCUCGCAAGUUGCAGAUGUGUCACCACUACCGAUCAUCAUCUACAACUUCCCAGCCGUAUGCAACGGGCUGGAUCUCGACUCGGAAAUCAUCUCAGAGAUAGCACAACACCCAAAGGUCGUGGGAGUGAAGCUGACAUGCGGAUCUGUCGCGAAGAUCACCAGGCUUACUGCCACUUUUCCAGUGAGCAGAUUUGCUGUUUUUGGUGGCCAAUCGGACUUUUUGAUUGGUGGACUUGCUGCUGGAAGUGCAGGCUGCAUUGCUGCAUUCGGGAACAUCUUCCCACGCCUGAUCGUGAGAAUCUUUGAUCUUUGGUCUCAAGGCAAAUACGACGAGGCAAAAAGGCUGCAGAGCAUUGCUGCACUUGCGGAAAGCCCAACGAAGGCAGGGAUCGCAAACACGAAGUAUGCAAGUGCGGAGUUCUCAGCUCCAAGAGCGGGCAUCGAAAAUGCGGUGCAACUGUUGAAACCACGGCGGCCUUACUUGGAGCCGACAGAGACCGCGAAAGCAAAGAUCCGGAGUGCGAUGAAGCAAGCGAAUGAGUGCGAGGUUGCGAUCUCGAAUAAAGGUGCGAGCCGCCUGUGA